GGACGAGUCAGUCAAGUUCGGAUCAGAUCAGGAAGGAGCGCACCGGCAGAGCGAGACACACGGCACCAGGGGAGAGUCAGCGCGCGGUUGAUUGUUUCAUGCCAUUACAGAUUAUUUCUACCGCUCAUCCGUCUAACCAACAGCACUUUCUACUGUAAAAAAGUCGAGGAUCCUCAAGCGACACGGAGGAGAGAUGCAGCCGGCGGCGAGAUGGACUUUGCGGCUUCUUAUCGUGGGUUUGAUGGCGCAAGGCUGCUUCUCAUCCAAGGCAGAGGACCGGCUCUUCAGGAAACUCUUCAGAAGAUAUAACCAGUUCAUCCGACCAGUGGAGAAUGUGUCUGACCCCGUUACUGUGGAGUUUGAGGUCUCCAUCUCGCAGCUGGUCAAAGUUGAUGAGGUGAACCAGAUCAUGGAAACAAAUCUAUGGCUCAGACAUAUUUGGAAUGACUACAAGCUGCGGUGGAUGCCCAGGGAGUUUGACGGGAUUGAGUUCAUUAGAGUUCCAUCCAACAAGAUCUGGAGACCCGACAUCGUGCUCUACAACAACGCUGUAGGUGAUUUCCUGGUUGAGGAUAAGACCAAGGCUCUGCUGAAGUUUGAUGGUACCAUCACCUGGGUCCCUCCAGCCAUUUUUAAGUCUUCCUGUCCCAUGGACAUCACCUACUUCCCCUUCGACUAUCAGAACUGCUCCAUGAAGUUCGGCUCCUGGACUUAUGACAAAGCCAAGAUUGACCUGGUACUAAUCGGGUCUAAGGUGAACCUGAAAGACUUCUGGGAGAGUGGCGAGUGGGAAAUCAUUGACGCUCCUGGCUACAAGCAUGAUAUCAAGUACAACUGCUGUGAGGAGAUCUACCCAGACAUCACCUACUCCUUCUACAUCAGGCGCUUGCCACUCUUCUACACCAUCAACCUCAUCAUCCCCUGCCUCCUCAUCUCUUUCCUCACAGUGCUGGUUUUCUAUCUCCCGUCCGACUGUGGUGAGAAGGUCACGCUCUGUAUCUCCGUCCUGCUCUCCCUCACUGUGUUCCUGCUCGUUAUCACCGAGACCAUCCCCUCCACGUCGCUGGUCAUCCCGCUCAUUGGAGAGUACCUGCUCUUUACUAUGAUUUUUGUCACGCUCAGCAUCGUCAUCACCGUGUUCGUGCUGAACGUUCACUACCGCACGCCAAUGACCCACACUAUGCCGGAUUGGGUGCGCUCGGUGUUUCUCAGAGUGCUACCGAGGAUCAUGCUGAUGCGGAGACCGAUUGACGAGGACAGCAAGACUGGGGGGUUGGACAGCAGUGGGGAGGCAGGAGGAGCUGGAGGGGGAGGAGGAGGCGGAGGAGGGAAAGGAGGGAAGAAGAGGAAGAAUAGCUUGCUGCAGCAGGUCGGAGGAGGCUCCCUCAACUGCUUGGAGUUCGGGGACAGUAAGUUCUCGUCCGUGGACGGCUGCACUGGGAAGAAAUGCACUUGCCCCUGCCAGCAUGGGAAGGAGACCCCAGAUACACCAGACUUGGGGAAGAUAACACGUCAGCUGAGUCCAACAAGCAUCAGCACGGUGGUGGCCUUUUCUGUGCUGUCGCCUGAGGUCAAACAGGCCAUCGAGAGCGUCAAGUACAUCGCUGAGAACAUGAGGAGUCGCAACAAGGCCAAAGAAGUGGAGGAUGACUGGAAGUACGUCGCCAUGGUGAUCGAUAGGAUCUUCCUUUGGGUGUUUGUGACCGUAUGUGUCCUGGGAACUGUGGGCCUCUUCCUCCAGCCGCUUUGUGGCUUCGUUUCAUAACUUCUAAACUAACAGGGUUCACUGUCGCCCUGUGUCGAACAAUCCUGAACUAUUGACGAACUUUUAGUUCUCAGUUGACCAAUCAGAAGACAGAGUCCUAAAGCACACAUUGGUGUGCAAGUUUUGCUUCUUGCCUUUUGCAAAAAUAUCGAAACAGUGACGUUGGGUUUACAGUUUUGGCACUGGCUGGUAAAGUGCUUAACAAAAACAAAGGUUCUAAUACCUAAUUUUUAUAUAUUUUAAGGCUGCUUUACCUUAACAAUCAUUAUCAUUAACCUUUAGAAUACCUUAUAAAGCCUUUGGAUGAACUUCAAAGAAAUCAAGGGGGUAAUGCGUUCUACAAAGUGUGCUCUUUUAACAAAGUUGACCAUUUUUAACAAGAAAAUAAAACAUUUAAAAAAUAUAUCUAGUUCAUUGAUCACAGCUUUUAAAUGUAUCUCUGUAAUCUGUAAUGUUUUGCUAGGUUUGUCUGAAUGUGUAACAACAUGUUGUAGAGCCCAGAGAUUAUUAAACAGCAACAAUAGGCAGUGACUGUGAUUUGGUUCUUGUUAGCAAUGUGUAGCAUCACGCUAUCAUCACACAGAAAUGGUUUC